UCGAAAGUGCGCACCCAGACCUAGUGUCCAGGCACCUCUAGAGUUGCCGGUGAGCCUUAAAGCUCCAGAAGUCUGAGCAAAAGUAACCUUGGUUAAGCCUGAAUCUUUCGUGUUGAUAACUUUGACGUGCAUGGACGAAGUACCGUUAAUGGUAGAACCCGUUCCAAUAAAACGGUUUUGCGAUUUAUUAAUCCCUUCCGCUUACAAUUGGAGUGUAUCGUAUAGGAUAGUGGUGUUUGAACGAAUGCGAUUCAAAGUUCAGGCAAACAAGAUUCGCUUAUCCUAUACGUACCGACGGAACGAACUAAUGUCCUAACUGUUGAAAAAUGGCUCAUUGAGACGUAACAAGAUUAUAGAGAGGAUUUAAAACAAAAAAAUACCAGAUUACUGGGCAGAACCACUAAAAAUAUUCUGCUCUCGAACGCCGUUAGGGAAGACCCGGAAUACUCGAAGUGAUUAAGCGCGGCCACGCAUGUUGACUCCAUAGCGUGUCCAGUCUCUUAUAAUUGUAUGCUAAUACGGUAGCUAGUCUCCGUUGGUGCCUUCACGGAAUGUCCGUGCUGGCUUCGGACGAGUGGCUUUCAGCGAGGCCUAGACGAAGGCCGUAUCCAUACGAGGACGUGGAUGAGGCCAGCGAAAGUGGCGAGUCGUUCAUCCCUGACGAAGACCUCUGCAAUAUGAACCGGUACGCCACGCUUUCGGCGCUUGGAGACGGUACCUAUGGGACUGUCCUACUCGGUCAAAGACUUGAUACGGGCGAGAAAGUCGCCAUCAAACAAAUGAAGAAAAAGUACUAUUCAUGGGAGGAAUGUAUGAACCUUCGCGAAGUCAAGUCACUGCAAAAGUUAAGCCACACAAACCUGAUUAAACUGAAGGAGGUCAUUCGCGAGGACAAUACGUUGUACUUUGUGUUCGAGUACAUGAAACAAAAUCUCUACCAACUUAUUAAAGACAGAGAAAAGCCUUUUCCUGAGUCGGUGAUACGAAAUAUCGUCCAGCAGAUAUUCCAGGGUUUGGCGUUUAUGCAUAAACAUGGAUUUUUCCAUCGGGACAUCAAACCGGAGAACCUAUUGUGCAUGGGUCCCGAUGUAAUCAAGAUAGCUGACUUUGGACUCGCCCGAGAGAUUCGGUCCCGACCGCCAUAUACUGAUUAUGUAUCCACAAGAUGGUAUCGGGCCCCAGAAAUUCUACUUCGUUCUACCAACUACUCAUCGCCAAUUGAUAUCUGGGCUGUGGGGUGCAUUUUUUCAGAACUGUACACGCUACAGCCGCUCUUUCCUGGUCGUUCAGAAAUUGACCAAAUCUUCAGAAUCUGCUCUGUACUGGGAACGCCCGAUAAACGUGAAUGGCCGGAAGGUUACACUUUGGCAGCCGGCAUGAACUUCCGUUUUCCUCAAUUUACCGAAAUGAGUCUAGAAAGCCUCGUACCAAACUGUAGCACGGAAGGUAUUACUCUCUUGAGGGAUAUGCUCAGCUGGAAUCCAUCAAGACGUCCAACUGGUACUGCCGCACUACGGUAUCCGUAUUUUCGAGAAGGGCCUCGAGUGGGGCCUAUGUAUUCGCUGAACCAGCAAAUGAAACAACAGCAAAGAUCGGCGAUGGCUCGGUCCUACCAGGAGUUCGCCGAUAGACGUUUGUUACAGGAUCUGGAGAACGGCAGUUUUGAGCUAAAACCUCAGUCGAAGACUUGGUUUAACAUCAAAUGGGAUGUUGAUUGCAGCGAGUCGAAGAUCAAUGAGAUGACCUCAGAAAUACACAAACCUCCGGAUGACGAUUUCGACAUCAAUCGGAACAGCCAGAGUCAAAAGGCCUGGGCUUACCAGGGGCCAAGAGCCAACUCGAACAUGGUCAAGCGGAAGAACAGUGGAAACCCCAUGCGGAUGGUACCUCCCGGUAUGGAAGUCAUACAGAGCACCGAGAGUCUCUUGCAGGAUGCAGAGCUCAUCUCCCUCAUGAAUAAAUCCCUCGGAGCUAGCUAUGGCAGCGGGAGUAUCCGGGGGCCAACACUGUUCAACCCAAACGGAACCCGGAGAUUGGCAGGAAAUAUCCCGUCCAGCAGCCAACAAAGCACACAGCCAGCCAUCCACGGAAGAACGGACUGGGCGGCAAAGUAUCUGAAAUAGAAGCUGAAAUUCUACUGGAUCUACUUGGGGCGAUUAAGCGUGUCUAAGCAGCGUGAAGGACCGCUGAAGCCAGACCCGCCCGACGACACGAAUCAGACGAACCACGCUGGACGGAAUAUUAGCUGAGACGCUAAUCAACGACAACAUAGCAACAUCGUCGUUAAUUGAAUUUUUGUAAAAUAUGUAAAUUAUAUCUCGAUGCAUAAGUAUCAACCAAGCGCAACAGUUUCUACAUGUUAAAGCUACAUAAGAUCAAAUACGACGAGUUUCUCGAAAUAGCAAAAGCAAUGACAUCUCUAUGUACAACAUACGGCGAGAGCCGAUUAGAUGCCAUCUAAGGCUAACUGUGUCAAGCGUAACUGUAACACGAGCUAAACCCACAAAUAUACCGAAGCUUUAUUUGCAUACGAUGUAUUAGAACGUGAAGAAAGCUAACUCAUUAACUCCGUUUCAUACAGAUAUUGCUUCACCUGCAUUAGAAAAAAUAUCUUCUUAUAGUCAUCUAAAUUGCUACUUAAAAAUAUUACAUACAAUAAAACUAAAAAAAUAUUAUUACAAUAAAACAUAGCUUCGAAAAACACUUGAACAAGUAACAUACAACGAGUAACUCUUUGUUUUCUCGAUUACGUUCUUCGUCAUAUAUGAGUUAAGUGUAGAUUGUUUUUCAGCAAAAAGACAGUCAAUCGACUUCUGCUGUACGAAACGCUCGAUAUGAAGCUAGAUCAGUUAGAUAUGCUGUAAUAUAUAUACGUUAUAUCGUGU